AUGAUUCCAUUGAUAGUUCUGCUUUUAUUUGCCAGUCUGUCUUCUAUUGAAAGCUUGGAUCAUUCCUGUAAGGAUAUACAUGCUUUUAACCAGAAAAGUAGAAAUGAUACAUAUUGGAUACAAAACAGAAAUAACCAAUUUUAUAAAGUUUUUUGUGAAUUCCAUGACACAUUUGGAUACACGUAUAUUUCAAGAAACACAACAGUGGAAAUUAAUAUUGACGAUCUUCUAUCUACAAAAAAGCAUGUUAAAAUUCGAAAAGUCCAAGACGACGGUUCUCAAAUAGAAACUGUUCUGAGGAACAUCGAACAAUACAAAAACCUGUCGCUUGGUAUAUUUUACAACAAUCACACUGGAUAUGCCCAGCCAAGGAUUUAUUCAAAAAUCUUGGCCCCCUACUUGUAUGUAGGUUUUCUGCCUAAAGAGAUAGCUAAUAACAAUAAUACUCAGGGAUAUCGUGCAGGAAAUGAAGAUAAAACGUUUACUAACUGUGAUAAAAAUCCUAACAGUUAUUUCGUUUUGUACUUCAAUCCAAACCAAGAAUUAAUCGAAACAAGUAAAUAUAAUGAUUUUUUGCAAUUUUGGAUAAUAUCAGGAAGUAAAGCGGUUCAUAAUAUGCCCUCUGAGUUUUAUUUUGACUAUGAAAUUCACUUUGGUGGAUGUGGUGGAUUUAUUUUUCGCCAUCAAAAAGAAAAUAAAGAUGGAAUUUCUAUUGGACUAAAAUUCGAUUUUCUUACAUCAUGCUUAAGUUCUCCGUGUUACAAUGAAGGCAGUUGCAGGGCCAUUUCUGACACUGACUUCACCUGUGAUUGUAAAUAUGGGUAUACCGGAGAAUUAUGCGAUAUUUUAACACAAGAUCCUAUGUGUAAUCUGGGGAUUGUUCAUCGUCACAAUGCCUCUCUGUCAUCGGUAUACGUGUAUUACUUACCCGACGAAGUAACUGUAACGUCAAAACUUUUAGCUGAAAAAGCACUGGAUUCCAAAUAUUACAGACACAAGUGGGAUUGCGCUGGAUCCCUGGAUAAACAACCUGACAGAGAUGCAUGGUGGCAAGUGACGUUUUCUUCUCCCUCAAUGAUCUACAAAAUGAACUUCGUUUUUCGUGAGAAACGUUAA